AUGGACUCGAAGGACGGAGAUCGAGAGAUGAUUGCCGCCUCGGCGGAGACUCUGAAUGCCGCUGCUGCGGAGACUGACGUGACGAAGCAGGAGAUGGAAGUCCCUGUAAUUACUACAGAGACUUCAGUUGAAACCCCCAAAGGGGGACCUUCAGAGGCAGCAGCCCUAAUGUGGUCCCCACUCACAGCAUACCGUCAGGAGAUUUGGGCUCUGGACAGACAAAGCCCUGGCUUUAUAAGUGCCCUCAACACCUCGGCAACUUCUUUACUGAAUCAGUUGCCAGAGCACCCUCCCAGACAAAUGCCUCCAUUCCCCAUGGAGGAGAUUCCACCUUGCUGCGAGGAGAUCCAAGCUCCUGAACCUCAACACGAACCAAACCUGGUUCCUAGUCAGGACGAUCCACCCUUGGACAACGUGGAUCAAGUCGAAGAACCGGCGCUGCCCCAACUAUCCAUCUUGCCACCUAGAGUGGAGUUAUUCCUAAACGUCCCCAGCCCUGAAAACCCUGCUCAAGGUACCACACCCAGUACGCUUGAGAGCUCACCCGCUCCCAAUCCCCUACCUCCUGUCCCAGAAAAUAACUCCCCUAACCUAUCCCUAUCCCUUGAACCUACCUGUGCCCCGAUACCUGCCAACCCAUCGGAGGAGCCCAUAGGACCUACUCACCAACAAGCUAGGUCUUUCAAAUUGCCUCCAUUCGACAUGGUCGAGGAGGAGACGCCAGUGGAUGUCCUGGAGCUGCAUGCUCAGGAAGACAUUCUGGAGGAUACACCUUCAUCUCGAGCCUGGGGAAACCUCCCAUCACCAUCAGGAGAACCUUCCCUCGAGAGUACCCCUCCACUCAGAGAACCCACACCCAUGGAGACCGACUCAACGGAGAGUCCCCGAGCAAGGCCAUACCCGACCACCAAGAAGGCCGUGCGCUGCCACAGGUGUCGAGAGCGAGGACAUGGUUGGCCCAAUUGUCCAAGCACCUCCACUCACCUCUUCUGCAUCGUGUGUGGAGCUUGGGGCGUUGAUACGUUUGCCUGCCCUCGCAAAGACCCUCGUCAUGAGGAAGCCAGGAAGAGGUUGACUCGUCUAGGGGCAUCACCAGCCGAGAUCCCUCCACCCACGAGGUCCAGCAACCCACCCAGAGACCGAGCCACGGUUCCCAAGUACCCGUUGCACGGAGAGCAAAGCUGCUCCACAACGGCAACUCGAGUUGGUAACACAACACCAAUCUCCCCGAGUCAACGACAGUCUCUCUCCACGAGGCUUCAACGAGCCCGAGAAACCACCACCACGGAGGCUACUCCCAAACCCAUGGCCAUCGAGAACUUGGACCACUCCAUGAGCAGACCACCUGCUAGAACAUCAAUAUCAACCGAUGAAGCGGCAGUCAACUGGGCAUCCCUUAUUGAUGAUCCACCCUUGGAGAGUUGUGCCCCAACCCCAACAGCUCCUGAAGCCACAACCUCACCCUCUACUGAUCCCUUCGCCAGCCUAAGAACUGACGACGCUCUACGGCCAACCUCCUUAGCCAUCCCAAUACAGAGGAUAGAGCCGACCACUGAAUGCUCAUCCGGAGGACGAGAGGACCACAGGGAGUGGAAUUUAGAAAUGAGAGAAAUAUUGAGGAAUCACUAUGUUGAUCCCAGCAGAAUGCCCACUAUGGAGAACAUCGAGAGGAAGCCGCCGACGAUAAAAAUUAUGUUUUGA